CCCAGAAAGAAAGAUUCUCUCUCAUAUCAGUUGAAGACCGCAAACAAAGGCCUCCUUGCUCUGCUGCAACUGUCACCCACAGCCUUCAUCCGCUGCUCUGGGGAUGUCAAGAAACAAAGCAGGAUGAGCAACAACGAAGAUUUUGACGGACAUAUACUAUCCGAGAAGCUCUCUAAACUCAACAAUUCACAACAAAGCAUCGAAUCUCUUUCUCGUUGGUGUAUUUCUAACCGGAAGAAAGCAAAGCAGAUUGUUGAAACAUGGGACAAGUAUUUCAAUUUGGCCCAAAAAGAUCAACGUGUGUCUUUCCUAUAUCUGGCAAAUGACAUAUUACAAAAUAGUAGGCGAAAGGGCAGUGAGUUUGUGAAUGAAUUUUGGAAAGUUCUUCCUGCAGCUCUCAAGCACGUCUAUGAAAAUGGUGAUGACCAUGGAAAGAAAGCAGCCAUGAGACUGGUUGACAUAUGGGAUGAACGGAAGGUUUUUGGUUCUCGAGGGCAAAGUCUUAAAGAUGAAAUGAUGGGAAAGAAUCUUCCUCCACCUGUAAGCAAUGGAAGGAUUUCAAAUCCUAUCAAGAUUGUGAAGAGAGAUGCACACUCAGUUCGAAUUAAAUUGGCUGUUGGAGGUCUACCAGAAAAGUUACUCACUGCAUUUCAACCUGUUCUUGAUGAACAUGCUACCGAAGAAGGUGCUUUAAACAAGUGUAGUGUUGCUGCACGAUAUGUGGGUAAAAUUGAGGAAGAUGUUGAAAACAACUUGACUCAAGGGAUUCAGCAAAAAUCUACGUUGUUGGAUGAGCUGAAGAAGCAGGAAGAUAUACUUAAUCUAUCUAUUGAGCACCUUGAAGCUGCGGCAGCAACAAGAUCUGCCUUGGUUUUGCAGCUUAAAGAAGCACUUCAGGACCAAGAACCAAAGCUGGAAGCUGUUCGCACUCGGUUACAAGUCGCGCAGCAUCAGAUAGAGAAAGUAAGCAAUAUUAGAAGGAGACUGUCUUUAUUGCCACAAAGCAAUGUCAUUAACAUGGCAGCUGAAUCUACAAGGGUGUUAGAACCAACUGGCAUCCAGUCGCAGCCUCCUAGUCAACCUUUUUCUUUUGCUCCUGUGAAAACUGAUGAAGAGAACAAGAGAGCAGCAGCAGCAGCUGUUGCUGCUAAGCUAGCUGCUUCCACAUCCUCGGCACAGAUGUUGACUUCUGUUCUUUCUUCUCUGGUCGCUGAAGAAGCUGCCUCUAUGUUUUCUCCAGAAAAAAGGCAGAAACUUGAGAAAUCUAUGUCUGUUUCUGAUAGUAAUGCUGAUGUUGGCAGUGCAGCCUAUUUUAACCCUCUACAACAGCAAACAAUGACGAGUGUGCCAUUGGCACCAUCGACAAGCAUGCAAACUAUGUCCCAAGCUAACCAGAUGCAAACUCCUUUUGGUCCGCCCCCACCACCUCCAGCACCAUCACAAUCUUCUGCAACUCCACCAUCAAAUCAGUAUGUCCAAACUGGUGGCCAUAUGGUUGGCGUAAUGCCUUAUGGAUAUGGAUCAAAUAAUUUGCCACCUCCGCCUCCCAGGCCAAUGGGUAUGUCGAGGCCCACACAACCACAACAGCAGUCACUGCCCCAGCAGCAGCAGCAGGUGCAGCCAGCUAGUGGAGGUUAUUAUCAAACGUUGGGUAUGGGGUUCUAUGGGCAAAGUAAUCAGUCAGCUUCGCAGCCAGUUCCUCGACAAUGAGCACUGAACUAUCGGCAGAGUUAAGUACAAGUUUAGCCAAGAUAUCCUCUUGGAACUUUAUGGAACCAAUGGGAUUUCUUAUAGUUGUUGUGUUAUUAUGUAAAUUAUUAGAUAGUUUUCUUCUAAAUAUUUAGGCCUACCUCCCUCAGUCAACAUCUGCAGUCAUUUGGCUUUUAGAAAGGAAUUGAAUGAAGUGCCUUGACUGCGCCAACUGCAUUGGCCUUGUAAACUAGAGCUUGGGGCGUCACUAAAUUUGUACUUGGGUAUGUACUUUAUUAGCACCCUUGGCUGCCUACAAAAAGGCCACAUCUUGGUAAACUUUGACCUAAGCUUAGCCGUAGUCAAACGGAUUUUUUUGACCCAUUCUAUGAGUGAGGACAAUUUUUUACCCUUUUUUUUUGUUUUUUUGAGAAUGACGUAGAAGCUUAGAUUCGUUGAAGUAAAUGUUAG